AUGAAACAAAUCGAGAGGGCCUUGGGCAGCAACAUCUGCAGGUGUACGGGAUACAGACCAAUUCUGCAGACCUUCAAAAAAUAUGCCGUGGACGCACCGAACCCUAAAACCUUGGCAAUAGAAGAGCUGAGCAUUUCUGGUAAUUCUGGCUGUUGCUCGACGAAAUCGGGUUGUUGUUCGAGCAAGAAAACUGAAUGUUGCUCGAGCAAGAAGUCUGAUUGUUCCUCAAAGGAGACGCAAGACUCGAAGAAGAAGUCUAGUAUAAAUGACUGGUGCAUGGUCUCGAAGAACGAAGCGCAAGGCAAACUUCUGCACAUCAAACUAAAGGAUAACACAGAGUGGUAUAGGCCGACCUAUUUGAAGGAGGUGUUUGAAAUAUUCGCGGAACAAGGCACGGAGUCUUACAUGUUGGUAGCGGGGAACACUGAAAAAGGCGUAUCUCCUAGAUUGACAUACCCCAAGUGUAUGAUUGACAUCACCGGCAUAGAGGAGUUGAGGAACUGGUACGUGGACCAGAACCUGGUGAUAGGCGCGACCUGCUCCAUGGCAGAGAUGAUCAAGAGGUGGGAAGAAGUCAAAGGGAACGAAGGCUUCAGCUAUCUGGAAGAAUUCAUUAUGCAUAUGGAUGAAGUGGCUCAUGUGUCGGUUAGAAAUAUAAUGCCGCGCUCUCAGAGCGUGCACGCGCUCGUCAACGCCGGCUUCUGCUUCAAAGUGGACGAGAACAACGUCAUCCGAGAGAGCAGGAUCACCAUCGGCGCCCUCUCCCAUCACUUCACUCGCGCUCACAAGACCGAGAGGUAUCUGGUCGGCAAGAAUCUGUACGAGAACGAAACUCUGCAAGGAGGCUUAGAGUCACUCAAGGAAGAAAUGGUAAUCGUGGAGGACUUGAACGAGCCAUCCGUGGAAUACCGUCGCAUAUUGGCUUUGGGUCUCUUUUACAAGUGUUUCCUGUCCCUGUGUCCGCAAGAGAAGGUCAACAGCUACUACCGCUCCGGAGCCGUGAAGCACCGCGAGACGAGGCCGGUGUCCGAGGCGCACCAGAUCUACGACACCAACCCGAGCUUGUGGCCAAUAACCAAGCCUCUCCCUAAAAACGACGGACUACUGCAAUGUUCUGGUGAAGCUCAGUACACCGACGACAUUCCGUUGAUGCCGAAUGAACUGUUUGCCGCGUUUGUCCUAGCUCAAGUUCCUCUUGGAACUAUUGAACACAUUGAUACUACAAAAGCAAUGGCCUAUGAAGGAGUAGUAGCAUUCUUUUCAGCAAAAGAUAUACCUGGAAACAAUUCUUUCAUACCAGCACCUAACUCAUACAACCUUGCCGAUGAAGAAUUGUUUUGCGGUGGUGAAGUGAAGUACUUCAAUCAACCCAUUGGUAUGGUUGUUUGCAAAACACAAGCCAUAGCUAACUACGCUGCCACGCUCGUUGAAGUAACUUACACAAAUGUGAGAAAACCAGUCAUCGACAUAAAUGAAGCCAUAAAGGAUCCGAAUCGAGUGAGCGUUUUCCAGUCUGUAAAGGCAAAAUCUAAAGGAGAUGAUGUUUACAAAGUGAUUAAAGGAAAUAAUACCAUUUAUGGGCAGUACCAUUGGACUAUGGAGACCAACGUUUGCGUGGUGCGUCCCAACGAAGAAGGGUUGGAAGUGCACGCUGCUACGCAGUGGCUGGAUUUGGCGCAUCAAGGAAUUUGCAGGGCUCUGAAGCUUGACCAGAACAAGUAA